CUCUGCCCUACCCCCACCAUGGCGGAGUACGAUCUCACGAAGAGGGUCAUGCCCUUCCUGGACCGCCAUCUCUCACUUCCCCUAGUGGUUCAUCUUGCCGAAACCAACUUGUUUGCCAGUGCGGACAUCCAGAUCGCCCAAUAUGAGCUCGCGAAAGGCACCAAUAUGGCGGACUACGCAGCUAAUCUUUUCUCGCAAAUACAUCCAGAUGAGGAGCCCCCAUCGGAGUUCGAGGAAAAACGACGCAACACUAUGUUGACACACGAACGCCUACAAGAUGAAGCACAAGCUGUCUUAGAUGUUAUCGAAAAUCCCGAAGUUGUUCAGGCAUUGCGUCAGGACAAGGAACAAAAUCUGCAAUACUUGAAAGACAACUAUAACCUCACCCUCGAUCAAAUAACGGUUCUGUACCGGUUCGGUCAAUUCCAGUACUCAUACGGAAAUUACAGUGGCGCGGCUGAUUAUUUGUAUCACUUCCGGGUCCUGUCCACCGACAACGAGCUCAACACAUCUGCUCAGUGGGGGAAACUUGCUUCCGACAUUCUUUCGGGAAAGUGGGAGGUUGCUCUGCAGGAGCUCGACACGCUGCGUGAAUCCAUCGAUUCGCGCUCCCUUCCUGGACCUGCUCUCCAUCAACUUCACUCUCGGACGUGGCUUGUUCACUGGUCUCUGUUCGUCUAUUUCAACCAUCCCGCCGGCCGCACUCUUCUUUUGGAGACGUUCCUUUCGCCUGUCUAUCUGAAUACAAUCCAAACCUCUUGCCCUUGGAUUCUGAGAUAUGUCGCUGCGGCGGCGAUCAUCUCUCGGGCAGCACCAGCUGGUGCGACGCCCCGGGUGCGCAAUGCUGUGCGAGAAGUGGUCAAAGUGAUACAGAUGGAGGAGUACCAGUACCAGGAUCCCGUCACAGCGUUCCUCAAAGAGCUAUACGUGGAGUUCGACUUCGAGGCGGCUCAGAAGCAGCUGGGUCUGGCUGAGCAGGUGCUCAGUGAUGAUUUUUUCCUCGAACAGUUUGGUGCUGAGUUUGUCGACAACGCUCGGUACCUCAUCAGUGAGGCCUACUGUCGCACUCACCAGAAGGUUGACAUCCGGGAUCUGUCUGAGCGCCUCAACCUGUCCGCUGAUGAGGGCGAGAAGUGGAUUGUGAACUUGAUUCGCGAGUCGCGCAUGAGCGCUGAUGCCAAAAUCGACCUCGACAAGAACAUCAUUGAGAUUUUCCGACCAGCUGUGCCUGUAUAUCAGACGAUUAUCGACAAGACACGUGGGCUCCAUCUGCGCACUUCAGGGCUGGGGACAGCAGUCUCUCGUAUAGGAAGUACUGCGAUCCCGGAAGUCACUGUCGCUGCUCGCUGAUUGUACAGUACUCAUAUAUUAGGCAUUUGUACGCUAGUGUUGGUAUUAUGGUAGCGCAAGAAUCUUGGCGGCAGCUUGCUCCGCCGCGG